AUGGCAGAGUACAGCGACACGCCGUUUCCCGGCGACUACCAGCCAGGACAAGUCGAUGCGUCGCCGGGCUUCCUCGGCACGUUUGACAACAGUCACCUGCCACACUUUUCGCCAGCCACUUCCGAACACUCGUUUUCCAUCCCGGCCUUUGACCCCAGCCGUCCAAACACGUCUGGCGGCAUGACCACCACUGGCAGUGGCACCCCGAGCCACCCCAUGGGGGAGCUUCCGCUCGGUGCCCACGGACCUGGUUCUGCGCAUGGUCCCGUCCACGGACACGGACAUGGACACGGACACGGACACGAGCACCACCACUCGGGCCACAGCCACUCGUUCUCCACCGCAUCCCUGCCUUCCCUGGCGUCUUCCUCCACCUCCUUCUCCCUCGCUUCCCAGGGAGGCGAUGGUCAUCCCCCGGGAAUGUACGUCGCGGGCUUCAACUCUGCCGAGUAUGCCCACCCAUCCAUGCUGCAUGGACACCCAGACGCAAAGGGCCUCGCCCUCAACCCAAACAUGGUCCCCCACCCAGGAGUCGGCCUCCCGCCCGGCGUCGGUCUCGGUAUCGGUGUUGGCAUGGCCCCCAAUCCACUGAGCGGUACCCUUCCUCCGGCCCUGCUGGGGCGGUCGCCCAUUGCGCCCCCCAACGCCGUCAUGCAGGGACACGCCAUGCCCGGCGGCAUGGGCAAGAUGGCACACGACCGUAACCGCAGCAUGAGCCGCCCGACGCCUUACCACGUCUCGUCGCGCUCCAACUCGCUCUCACUCAAGUCGGAAGGCGACGAGGAAAUCCUCUCCAUCUACAGCGGUUCGACCGGCACAAGCUACCAAAGCGCUUGGGCCAACACUACCGGCAUGAUUGCCGGCGACAUGAGCCAGAUGUCCCUCGAACACCGUCGCUCUAGUUCGACGCCCUUUGAGAUUCCCGGGUCCAUGAACCAGGCAGGCCGCCCUAGGGCGCGCUCGUUCUCGCUGGGCAAGAGCUCCAACUCGCUCGACUUCCUCGAGUCGGACCUUGAACUCUUUGGCCAAGCGGCAGACCGCGAAACACAGGUCCGCACCGAUCUCGCCACCAAGGCUGAGCAGGUCCGCUCCCUUUCCCCCUGUCAACACGGCAAGGCGCGUGCUGUGUGGGCCAAGAGAUGGCUCAAGCUGUCGUACACACCUGUAAACGGCUUUACCGUCCCCCGCCAAGGCCUGUAUCACUCGUACACAAUGUCGUGCAACGACUUUGGCCUGCGCCCCAUUAACUCGGCUUCGUUUGGCAAGGUUGUCCGCUCGACGUUCCUGGGAAUUCGCACCCGUCGUCUCGGUGUCCGUGGAAACAGCAAGUAUCACUACGUGUCUCUGCGUCCUGCAAUCUCCACCGAGGCGCACCGCCUCAACGCCUAUGGCGACUCGAGCGGCCAGCUCCACAUUGCGCCCCAGGACGGCGACUUUAGCGGUGGCCUCGACCACGACAUUGGCGGUGACCAAGAGAUCCUCACAGAGGACGACACGGACGAGGAGGAGGACGACGACCUCGCUGAUCUCUCCGACCUGGGCUACAGCAACGGGAUGCACGGGUUCAGUCACGGACCGAGCGUGCUUCGCUCGCGCUCCACGUCGACAGACGAGGCAGUCAUGAUCCGUUCCGCCCGCCCCGCCAUCAGCCGCAUGGGUCCGCCCAUGGCGGGAGGGUCGGGCCCCUCCAUGGCCGUCCGUCUCGGGUCGCCCACCACAGGCAGUCGUGCCCUGCCGCCCUUUCCGGCUCUCCCGGUUGGGGCCGACCCAACCGUAGUCCACUUCUGGACCCGCUUCUGCCAAAACCAAGACCUGCUUGCGCGCUGUGUGGCAGAGCUCCAGUUUGAUCGCUUCGAAACCAAUUAUCGGUCUUUCUGGGAGACACUGUCCGCCGAGUCGCUCGCCCUGUGUGCACAGCAGCCACUGGCCAACCUUAUCGUUGACGCAUCAGCGUUGACCUUUGACCACUUGAUCCUGGUUCUUGUGGAUAAGAUCCUUACACCCAUUACGCCGUCGGCCCAUGCCGCCAUCGGCCUACUCUCUGUCAACUUUGAGCAGAUGAAUGCCGAGACACUGCGUACGCUCUCCACCGAGGUGUCGCGUCCCAUUGUGGAGAUGAGCAGCCACGUCGCCCACCUGCUGUCGCGCUUCCUCGACUUGCACCAGAUCACGACUGCCAUCGUGCCCAUCCUCGCCAACCCGGACCAGUUGGCCGCGAUGCGCGCGUCGUGGCGCAUGCUCGACGCUUCAUUCAUUGUGCGCCAGUGCGCCAUGGCAUGUGACUGCUCAGAGGCCAUCCUCGAGCCUUCCCUCGCUGCGUUUGACGUCUGGCUCGCCGAGGCGGGCUCAGACCCGAGCAUACACCCAGUCGAGCAGCUGGCCGCUUGCGUCGACAGCGCCCUGUCCCGCGCCGAGCUGGCGCCAGGUGUCGGCACGCCGCGCAUGCUCAUCCCGCGUGCCGUCUUCCUCACGUCCCAAGUCAUGCGUCUCCUGACGCUCCGCUCCGACCCGUCGUUCGGCUGGUUCCAGCUCAUCAAGACCUGGGUCGACGACUACGUCGCCGUGGCCUGUGCGCGCCGGUCGGCGUUUGUGCGCGACAUUGACCCGACCCUCUUCCCCCCCGUCCCCGCAGCGGUCACCACACAGCCGCAGCAGCCGCAGCCUCAGCAGCAGUCGCACGGGCACGGGACCCCCAACCUGGCCAUCGACACGGCCAGCGCCGGAUACCAGUCCGUCCCGCCCCUGGACGGCAACGCCAUCACCCCGCGCCCGGCGUUCACGUCCUCGGGCGCGGCCACACAGGCCACGGGCCCCAACGUCGGCGGCGUGGCUGGCCAGCCGACCGUGUCCUCUGUCAACUCCACACCAGCAAUGACACCCACCCCGGCGCCCGUCGCGGCCACGGCCGGGUUCAUGUGA